AUGAAGAUUCACUCUUCGUCGCUUCUCCUCUUCCUCCUUCCUGCGCUUUCGGUCGCGCUCACGGAUCCGAGCUCGGCCAACAACGGUGCAAAAGACGCUCUUCUCGCAGAGCGCGAAGCUUCGACUCCAAAUGCCGUCGAAAUAGAUGCCGCCGCCGCACCCAAGCCCGCCAAAGGGACGCUGGACGCCCCGAUCGACGGCAAGGAUGGUCGGCCACAUGCGGGUCCCUGGGUGGAAACAAGUGCAGAGCGGGAUCGCAAGAAGACGGGCUCUACCACCUUGUCGGAGGAAAAGGCAAAGUCCGAUCCUAAAGCGGAACAAUUGGGCCCUGAUGGCAACCCAAUUCCCUACUCCAACGACGGCGUGAUGGAUGAUCCUCAUCGGACGGGCCCCAAGGAGGGUACUCGUGGGACAGAAGGUGGGGUGUCUGAGAAGCUGAGGGAACCAUACAACAAUGAAAAGACGCCGGGCAGUCCGAAGGAGGCUCCUCCGUUGCCGCACAGUGAGCAGCAAAAGCUGCCAGUGGCGGGUCAGGAUGCCGAUGUCAAGGACACCAAGGGAUCGAGCACCGACUCAACCCUCGGAAAAUUGGAGAAACCCGCAGAUUUGCCAGAAAAGCCCCACGACAUCCCACCUCCCAAGUCCCCGGCCACGGUCAAAGAUAGCCCUCUCGGUCUCGAUAAGCAUGGCUCCUCGGGCAACAAGCCUGGCGAGCCGCUGGAGGAGGGAACUGCAUUCCACUCGUUGUUGUUCUCCUUCACCAUGAUCAUCGUAUCUGAAAUUGGUGACAAGACUUUCCUGGUUGCCGCGCUCAUGGCUAUGCGUCAUCCGCGUCUGCUCGUCUUCUCCGCCGCUUUCAGCGCCCUCAUCUUCAUGACUGUUCUCUCCGCUGUCCUAGGACACGCAGUACCUACUCUGAUUCCCAAGUCUCUGACGAAAUUGUUGGCUGCCGUUCUGUUCUUCGUGUUCGGUUUGAAGAUGCUCAAGGAAGGUCGCGAAAUGUCGCCCGACGAGGGUGUUGGAGAGGAGAUGAAGGAGGUUGAAAUGGAGCUGGAAGAAAAGGAGCAGGAGCAGCUGCGUAUGAACCGUCGCCGCUCGUCCGUGACUCCCCACUCGUUGGAGGCUGGCCGCGUCGGUCGUCGCAAGUCUCGCUCCUCCGGCAACCGUCUUCCCUCACCUCCCGAGAGUGUUUCAUCGUCGUCCUCUCGUGCUUCCUCUCCCUCUGGUAACCGCUGGAAUGAUGUUCUUGUCGGAAUGAACAACCUUUUCUCGCUCCUUCUCAGUCCCGCCUGGGUUCAGACUUUCGUUAUGACCUUCCUGGGUGAGUGGGGUGACCGCAGUCAGAUUGCAACUAUUGCUAUGGCUGCCGGUCAAGAUUACUGGUGGGUGACCAUCGGUGCUAUCUCCGGACACGGACUUUGCACUGCGGCCGCCGUUAUUGGCGGCAGUGCUAUUGCUGGCAAGGUCAGCAUGCGCGUCGUAACGCUGGGCGGUGCCACGGCAUUCUUGGUCUUUGGUGUCAUCUACUUGGUUGAAGCCAUCUAUUAG